UCCAAAAGACAUGAGUAUCAAUGUAGUUUUGACGGUGACCCUUUUAGGAAUGAUUGCCAUGCUGGUUUACGGUCAACAAGAAAUAAGUGAAGACUGCUUUACCAGACCCAACACCAAGAACCCAAAAAAAUGUUGCAAAAUGCCGAAUAUCAAACCACCGCGAGAAAACGUAACCGCUUGUGUAAGGACGAUCCCGAAGCCAACUGGGCCGCCACCGAUGCGGGGAAAUCAUCCACGUAGCUUUCCACCAAGGCAAAAUUGUAUUUCGGAGUGCUUAUUUGAACAGGGAGGCAUUAUAUCUGACGGUGUGUUGAACAAAGAGGCAGCAACAACUACUCUGAUUGCAUUGGUGGGAUCAUCCUCCGAUUGGCAGACCGUUGCCAAUACGUCCAUUGAGACGUGUUUUGAAAAAGUUUCGUCGUUGGGAAAUCAGAAAGACCGAUUGGGAUGUAGCAUGAUUGCGGGAAGCUUCAAGGAAUGUGUACAUACGAUGAUGUUCACGAAUUGUCCUACUGAAUCCUGGACUGCUAGUACGGAAUGUGACCAACUGAAGGCCCAUUUGGAGAAAGAUUGCCCAUUGAUGACUUUGUUUAAGGCUCCUCCUCCACAAAAGACAUUAUUAGGCUAAUAAACAAUAAUUG